GCGAGUUCCUCCAGCAACGGAAUGAGUUCCGAAGUUUCGGUCGAAACCACCUCGGUCGCCAUGGUUGUACCUUCCUCACCGCUGCCCUUCGGGUCAAGUGUGGGGGCCGCCACCAUGACCUCCUUCUCGAUGCCGAGCUUGAUCUUCGGGUCGGCCCCACGACCCAUUCCCGGGCUCGAAACCACGGGGGAUUACCCCGUCGGCAAUUCGAACCCAUUUCUUGGGCCAACUAUGGCUCCGGCCUCGACGGUCAACUUUGGACCAAACGCGGGUUUCCCCGCACCGCAAGAUCCUCCCCAGCCCAACGAAGCCAAUGGCCCCCUCGUGGCGAUGGUGAACCAAGCCUGGUACCACAAUAAUUAUCUUGCCAUCAGCAUUAUCCUCGAGGGGUUGGCCGAGACGUUGUACCCCGUCUACGCCGGUGCAAAGCUUGCCAAGGAGCUUUGGAACCGCUUGAACAAAAAAUAUCAAGCUGAAGAUGCCGGCACAAAGAAGUUCAUCGUCGGGAAGAUGCUGGACUACAAGAUGGUCAACAGCAAAUCUGUUGUCGCCCAGGCUGAGGAGCUUACGCUAAUCUUCAACAAAUGUAAUGAAGAGAAAGUAGGCGUCAGCGAGGCCUUCCAAGUGGCAGCCAUCAUCCACAAACUUCCUCAGUCGUGGGAAGAUUUCCAAGCCGACCUCAAGCUCAAAAGAACGGAGCUAAAUCUGGAGCAACUGCUCACGCGGUUGAGGAUCCGAGAGGAAAGGCUUGCCAGAAGAGGUGGAGGGGCAAAGGCGAAUGUUGUAGAACAUCCGUCGGGCUCUUCACAUGGCGGGAAGGACAAGAAGAAAAUAGCUCCUAAGGGUGGUGUUUCUAAAUUUGCAGGGAAAUGCUACAAUUGUGGCAUUACCGGACAUCGUUCCUCUGACUGUAGGAAAAAGAAGCCGCAAAAGGGCAAGAAGAAAACCACCGAAGCCAUGUGUGUAGAGCUCGACAACUUGGAUCUCUGUGCGGUUGUCACCGAGAACCAGAAGCGUGUUCCACGACCAUAAUAGGCACACCCAUGAGAACGGAAUGAUGGUUGGUUGAAACUUGUGUAUUGUAUAUCGUCGUUUACAUAAACGGCAGUACAAUUC